GAAGCCCCUCGGCCCUUUUUCUCCUAACCUUUCUGUUAUUAUUACUAAAUUUUCUAUUUUUAUAUUCUCUCUCUAAUUUUCUUGAAAUAAUAAUGGGAGAUUUUUCUUUUUCUCUCUGCAAAUCCGAUCGUUCGCUGUUGCACCCGAACCCUAAACCUAACCUCUCUGGAAUGAAGCAAAGAUGUUAUACUCUGCAAAAGAAGAGUUUGACACUUUGAUCGAGGAGUUGAAACGAAAUCGAAGAAUAUCAGAGUUGAGUAGAAAUGUCAUCAUCUAAUUCUCCUUGCGCGGCGUGCAAGCUUCUCAGACGGAAAUGUACGCAAGAGUGUGUAUUCGCACCCUAUUUCCCACCAGAUCAGCCUCAAAAAUUCGCUAAUGUCCACAAGGUCUUCGGUGCAAGCAAUGUUUCAAAGCUACUCAACGAACUAAAUGCCGCCCAUCGAGAAGAUGCCGUGAAUUCCCUAGCUUAUGAAGCGGAGGCUCGUCUUCGUGAUCCCGUCUAUGGCUGCGUCGGUCUGAUUUCAAUUCUUCAACAAAGACUCAAGCAAGUUCAGAAUGACCUUUUCACUGCCAAAAAGGAACUAUCUGCAUAUAUUGGUCCCUCAGCGAUGCUACCUAUUCCUCAACCUGCCGGCUGUUUGCCACAACAACACAUGAGUAAUCCUUGCUCAUCGUCUCAGAUUCCUUAUAAUACGCCUCCAAUGUUGGGUCUUCCCACCGGUCCAACACAUGGUAGGCAAUUGGUAAUACGUGAGCCGCACCAAACGCAGCAGUAUCAGCAUCGGCAGCAGAUCCUUGAGGCUCAGCAAAUAGCGGAAGCUGUGGCAGCAAGAGAGCAACAAGAGAUGUUGAGGACUUAUGAGCAGCAGCAGCAGCAACAACAACAACUGCUUGUUAGGUUCAACAGUGGGUUUGACGCAGGUGGUACGGUUGGUGCAAGUAGUUUCAACCAGAUGACUGCUGCAAUUUCACCAUCCCUGGCUUUGGGUCCAUUUGAUAAUUCUUAUCAGCUUGAAGAACAGCAACAAGAGCUUCAUAGGCCCCAGAUGCUGCUUUCAACCCAAACACAACCUCAACAACAGCAACCACAGUUACCUCAACAGCAACAACAAGGAUUUGGAAGCAAGGAGGGUGGGAGCGGGGGCCUAUAUUUUUGAAGUCUUGCCGCUCAAUCUUUCAACGAUUUUUCCUUCUUAGGCUUUGAUUUCUUAUCAACUGGAGGGUUGCAAAUAGUUGCAUGCAAAGUUCUGUUAUCUAGGCUUGAAAACACCAAAGGCUUAGAUGGAAUGUGGGUGUUAAGUCACUGUUGAUUUUGGUGUUUGAAGGAGGCUAUUUCUUUGGUGAAACAUUUAGGACACCACUUCAAUGCAGAACGGGGCUUACAAGAUUUGCUGUGAGCCACUAGGUCAUUUAUUGUCCAUCAGUAGAAGCUGUUGCAUGGGGAAGGGUGGUGAAAAGCUGUAAGUUUUUUAACUUGUCAUCUUCUUUUCCAAGGUGUACUCACUACUCACCAUUAGUUUUAAACCUCGACAUUAAUCGACCAUUGAUGGUUAUGAUAUAGUAAGUCGGUAUUUCACAUUGGGAUAUCAACCACUUUGAUUUUUAUUGAAGUUUUGUGUACAUGUAGACUGCACAACGCUACAGAUUAUACUGAUUUUUGUACCGACAUUAAGCAGAAAAUGAGGAAACAAAAGGAAGGGGAUGAUUUUUGAAAGUCAUCAUGUAGUGGGUGGGCCACAACCUCUACCAUUUGUUGAUAAUGAUCUUCUUUCUGAGUCUUCUAAGAACAGACAUGUUUGACUGAUGAACUGGUUCAUCCUGGGGCUUAUUAUUAUCAUAUUCUUUCAGAGUUAUCAUUAGAUAUUCAAGCAUGGAAUUAUUAUAUAUUCUAUGAAAUAGUUUUUGAUAACCUUUCCCUUUAUGAGGACCCCCAACAUGAUGAUACUUUUAGGUCUUGGGAGUGGGUGAUUUUUAUGAUAGUUGUUUCUACAUCAUGAAGUAAAAUGAAAUGAGGUUCCAAGCUGAUAGUA